AUGAUUUACACCCCCCCGAGAAUCCACCUUAAGGUCAGCCCCGAUAGCCUACGAUUUGAGGCCCUGAUUGCCAACUGCAACGUCAUAUACGGCCAUUGGCUUAUCCGCAUGAUGCCGCGGCGCUUGACCUGGCCAGAAACUCCGACGGCCUCGGGACAAGUGGAAAUGAGGGACGAGGUCUCGGCCGAGAGGGUCCUGCGGUCGCCCAAGCUCGACCUAGUUGAGCCCACUCGCUAUGCUUGCAAGAUGCCAAUGUCAAGGGCCAAGGACGGCUUUGUCGACCCCAAAUAG